CACAGCAGAUCUGCAGUUUCUGUAGGUAUCAUUGAGAGUUACCUACAUUUGACUUUCCUCAUUUCACAACCCACACUCCUACCCCUAAAAAUACAAAUGCUUCACCCACAGAACUAUUACCUCACAGCUUUAUAUUUCCUUUUCUUUUUGGCUGAAUUUUCUAACCUACUUAAACAAACAAAAAAAAAUACUCCCCAGCACACUGUUAUCUCCAGUUAUAGUACCAGGAAGGGACCAAAUUAGGCAUGAUGGAAAUUGACAUGGGAAAACCCAUUGAUGACAGAGGAACCCGCCCGCAGGUGAAUUCCCGCGGCUUCUGCCACCCCUUUAUAAGCAGGUGGAGGUGCAGCAAGGCUGUCAAGACAAGCAGGCAGCAGCUGAGCACUCACUAGAGCACAACUGCUGUGUGUAGUGGAAAUGACUGUCUUUCGCAGCAAGAGCUUGGCCCUGGUUUCCAUGGUGGGGCUCCUGGCACUGCUCCUGUGUGGCACCUCUGAAGCACAAAGCAAUCAGGAUUGCUGCCUGUCUUACACCAAGGUGCGUCUACCUCGAUGGGCCCUAAAGGGUUAUACUGAACAGCUCUCCAGUGAAGUCUGUGAUAUCCAUGCAAUCAUUUUCCACACCUACAGUGGAUUGAAUGCCUGUGUAAAUCCUAGAGAGGGGUGGGUGAAGAAGCAUCUUCUUUUCCUGAGCCAUAAGCUCAAGAAGAUGUCAAUGUGAUAUGGCUUCUAGCAGGGAAAUAAACGCACAUGGCUAAGGAAAUACUUUGCUCAACAUCUUGUUUGAGAUCAUCAUCUUGUACACUGUUGUGUGCGUACGACUAUCUCUGGCUUCUUUGGAACCAUUCAACUUCUUGAAUUGAU